GAUUCCUCCUCUGUUCCUGCAAAAAAAAAAAAAGGCACCAAAUUGCGUGUUUUGCUGUGGAUCAGAGCAGAGGAGGAGGAGGAGGAGGAAAUGGCUGCCGUCCUAACAGCCGCCUGCUCUUCGCCUUGCCUGUCCCGGCCACCGGCGAGCAGGCGGCGCUUCACGGUGACGGCCAUGGCGCCGCAGAAGAAGGUGAACAGGUACGACGAGAACUGGUCGAAGCAGUGGUUCGGGGCGGGGAUCUUCGCGGAGGGGAGCGAGGAGGUGGACGUGGACGUGUUCAGGAAGCUGGAGAAGCGGAAGGUGCUGAGCACGGUGGAGAAGGCCGGGCUGCUGUCCAAGGCGGAGGGCCUGGGCCUCACGCUCUCCUCGCUCGAGGAGCUGGGGCUCCUCUCCAAGGCCGAGGACCUCGGCCUCCUCAGCCUCGUCGAGACCGCCGCGGGGGCCUCCCCCUCCGCCCUCGCCUCCGUCUCGCUCCCGCUCCUCGUCGCCGCCGUCGCCGCCGUCGUCGUCGUGCCCGACGACUCCGCCGCGCUCGUCGCGCUCCAGGCCGUCUUCGCCGCGCUCCUCCUCGCCGCCGCCGCGGGGCUCUUCGUCGGCUCCGUCGUCCUCGCCGGCCUGCAGGAGUCGGACUGAACAGUAGCCAGUGCGCUCCCUUGUUGCAGAGUUUCGUCAACUAGGACAUACAUGUACGUAUUAAUUUACGUAUUUUAUACGGUGCUUAGCAUACUACAUCCUAUUAUAAUAAGAUGUUUUAGCUUUACUUGAUUUAUCCAUAAAUCAUAAAUACUC